UAAAAAUGACCACAUGUACAAUCUCAAAGUCGUCAAUAUCUCAACCACCCAAUUGGAUUGGGUCGAUGAUCUACGUGAAUUAGUUAUCGACCAAGAAAACCACAUGUUGACCAGUAAUUCCAUCCCUCCUCUGAUUUAUCUAGUCUCAAAUGGGCAAGAAGACCAAGAUUCUGGCAUCCUCGGCCUAACCCUUUGUCUCCGAAAGGAACCAUUUUGUUCCCAAAUUCGAUGCAUCUUCUCCAGAAAAUAUAUCCCAUUGGAUUUCUCCACACCGGAUGAUUUUUUGAGCCAAAUCCUCCGCAAAGAUUUAGCCAUUAAUGUUAUCGACGAGGAGGGAAGAUUGGGGAGUUACUUUCACUCCCCAAGUCAAGCUGUCCUACUUCCUUCUCAGCAUGCGUUUGUCAGCAUGGGCACCAUUGGAGACCUAACGACGCUUCACUGGAUGCAGGGAUUUCCCCACGAUGACCCAUCACUGCCUGUCCAAGAGGAAGGUUACUCGCCAGUUAAGGUCCACGUGGCUGCUUUGAAUUUCAGGGAUAUCAUGUUGGCUACUGGCAACUUGCAACUAACGGCCCGGACAAACUUACCCUUCACUCUGGAGAGUCAUUUGGGCCUAGAAUUUUCCGGGGUGACGGGAGAUGGGGACAGGGUUUGUGGAUUUUCAGAAGGGCAAUCACUGGCGACGAGUGUAUACGCGAAUGACGACUGGUUGUGGAAAAUUCCAAAUGGGUGGAGUUUCGAGGAGGCGGCGACCGUCCCGGUUGUUUACUCUACAGUAUAUCUGGCGUUAGUUAUGAGGGGCCAAAUUCGCAAUGGAGAAAGCAUAUUGAUCCAUUCCGGGGCAGGUGGGGUGGGUCAGGCUGCGAUUCGGGUAGCCCUCAGCAUGAAUUGCACGGUCUAUACGACAGUUGGAUCUAAGCAAAAGGAGACCUUCAUUAAAACUACGUUCCCACAAAUUCCCCCAGAAAAUAUUGGUUGUUCAAGGGACACCACUUUUGAGAGGAUGGUGCUCCUCUCGACCGGUGGACGAGGGGUGGACUUAAUCCUAAAUUCUUUAACUGGCGACAAAUUGGAAGCCUCAGUACGAUGUUUAGCCAGGCACGGACGGUUCCUCGAAAUUGGGAAGGUGGACCUCGUCUCCAAUAAGAAUUUAGGUAUGCACUUUUUCCUCCAAGACGCCAGUUACCACGGCGUCAUGCUCGAUUCCUUAUGGGACGCUGCACCAUCUGUUCGAGCCGAGUUGAGAAGUCUCCUCCAGUCCGGCCUGGACUCUGGCGUCGUCACUCCCCUGCCCUACCGACUCUUUAAUCACCAACAGGUCGAACCCGCCUUCAGAUUUAUGGGUCAAGGUCAGCACAUCGGAAAAGUCCUGAUAUCCUUGGAAGAAACUCCAAUCCUGGCUCAUCCCCACGUCUACUUUAAUCCCUCCAAGAGCUACAUUAUAAUCGGCGGGCUGGGCGGGAUUGGGCUAGAAUUCUGUAACUGGAUGACGACCAGAAGUGCAAAAAAUAUCGUGCUCACGACCCGAUCCGGAAUUAAAAAUGCUUACCAAUCAAACUACAUCCAACUUUGGGAAAGGAAUGGCGUCCAAGUGAAAAUAUUGCAGUUGGACGCUGCUGAUCCCGUUUCAGCUAGGACGUUGGUCCACGAAGCUGGCAAGCUUGGACCGGUCGGAGGGUUUUUCAACCUCGCCAUGCAACUCCACAUUGACCUCAUGAAAUUACAAACGCCAUCCGGAUUUUCAUUCGCAAUGGACCCAAAAGUUAAGUUGAGUCGGAACUUGGGCGAAAUAACACGAAUUUCUUGUCCAGAGCUGGAUCACUUCGUGGUCUUCUCCAGUGUCGCGGCUGGAUUUGGCUUUGAUGGUCAGGCGAACUACGGAUUUGCCAACUCGGCCGCGGAGAGACUCGUCGAACGACGGGUGAAAGAUGGCCUUCCAGGAAAAGCAGUGCAAUGGGGACCCAUCGGAGAAGUUGGUGCUUGGCAUGACAGCUAUAAUGCAGACUUUACCCGAAAGAGUUUUCACGGUUCUGGAGUUCAGAGUAUCGCGUCUGCCCUGAACUCUCUAGACGCCCUGCUGGGAGACCCUUCUCCCGUCAUGCUAUCGAGGAGGACGGUCGACGCGGACGCGGGCCAUGCUUCCACGGCUGAUGACCUGUCCCUCGUCGAACGUAUUGCUCACGUUCUGGGACAUAUGACGAACCACCACAAACUAAACAUGAGCUCGAAGCUCGCGGACCUUGGGAUGGAUUCGGUGAUGUCGAUGGAGGUUAAGCAAAUCCUCGAACAGGACUUCAAUUUGUUCCUCUCCGCGGCAGAAAUACGAAACUGCACGCUUAAACAAUUCCAAGAGAUGGCAAGCAAUUGUCCGAAGAACAAGCUUGUAGGGGCGUCGAAACUUAAAGUACAAGCCGCAACGGCUGGUCUGGUCCAAUUAAAUUUCAUCAAAACGAUGAGCAGGAGUCGAUUUAUACAUGACCAAUGCGUCCACCCACUAAAUUCCUUGGCACAUACGCGGAUCAAAGAGAGAGAGCUCGGUGUCAAGAUGGACCCCGGGCACCAGGGAACGAUUUUCAUCAUUAAUUCUUUGGAAGGGCCAGACGUAUUGAACCUUUUGGCAGGUUAUUUACUCCUCCCGGCCUAUUCGAUGCAGAUACCGAAGGAAAUAUUCGACUCCAACAAUUUCAACGAGCUGUCCGACUUUUAUCUGGAUAAAAUAAGAGAAACGGAGCCUAAAGGACCGUAUACCAUCGUUGGCUAUUCGGCUGGAACUUUCGUGGCUAUUGAGUUGGGGUUGAAAUUUCAGGAGACUCAUGAGAUCACAAAGUUAAUUUUACUCGACAUUACGCCAGGACGGAUGCGUGCCAUUUUAGACGAGAACUUUGGGAAAGACAGAACACACCUGGAUGAAAGUGAAUUAAUUGUUAUGAUGGUCACCCAAGUUUUUGGAUUUGAUCGGAACCUCGUUGAAUCUAUCCUACGAAAAGAGAAAAAUACUGAGCAACAGUAUAAAGCGAUGACGCAACUGUUGACCACUGUUUUUGAGGCGGAUAUGACAGUUGACGAUAUGGAGGAAGUUAUGUCCAAGAGGGCUCUUACCUUCUUAAAGUUGAUGGACCAGUACCAUCCCGCAUUGAAAUUCCACGAACCCGUCGUACUCAUCAGAACAACGCAAAACUUGAUUAGUUACGACUCCAAUGAAUUGUGGGGGCUGGAUGAGUUCUGCACACAAACGCCAACCAUUGUUACCCUUGACACGACCCAUUCGUACAUGUUGACGGAUCCUUUCGUAAAAUCAGUUGCGAAUUAUAUAAAUCCGUAAAUAUUUAUGGAAUGCAUCGGAGCACAAAUAUAGUGUUGAACUUGAACACUUAAAAUAUUAUUUUCAUUUUACUGUCGUCGCUUUUUGAUGUGAAUAACAUUGACAAGUAUUACAUGUAAAUCUCCGUCGAACAAUCAGGUCAUUGAAACGUAUAUAUGUAAGUAGUCUAGUUAAAUCGGAAAUAAAAAAUACUCUUAGA